AUGAAGUUCCUCAUAGCGAUCCCUCUCGUCUUCUCCAUCGCAGCUUUCAUCCUCUCCCUCUUGUCCCUCCUCGCAGGAUACAAGAAGGGUUUUAUGGAUGAUUAUAACCUCAUAACAUUCAACACUUCAUCACUUGGUUCGAGUGCCGUCUCAAGCAUCAUCAGCAGUGGCAGCAUAGAUGGCGUAACCAUUCCUUCGUCGGUAGCGACUGCCCUGGAGGGUGCAUUGAGCGGUGAGAUCGCCGACACGCUGGCGACAGAACUGGGCAUUGGUGAAUUUUAUACAGUCCACGCCAUGGAUUUCUGCCAGGGAGACUAUUCGCCCAAUGCAACCGUGCCGAGCGCCUCACACAAUGUGACGAACUGCACGACGCCUAUGGAUUUUUCGGCGUACAACUUCACCAGCAAGCUCAACGAGGAGCUCAGCCUCGGGCCCUUUGCCUUCACCCUCAGCGAACUUGGCGUGUCCGAUUCGGUCCAGGAGAAGCUCGCUCUCGUACCCAAGGUCGCCAAGGCCCUCGCGGCCGUGUUCAUAGCAAGUGUCGGCCUGACAGGCUUGGCCAUGAUCACCUCCCUCGCGGGCUUCCUCCUCAUCCCGCGCGCCGGCCGGCUGCUUUCCUUCCUCAACGUGUGCAUCGCCUUCUGGGCCAUGAUCUUGCUUCUCGCGUCAAGCCUGGUCGCGACGAUCGCGCCGCGAAUCGUAGCCGAGGAGAUCGCGAACAACGGGGGCGACGACAUCGGGCUGGAGGUCGACUACAACAUGAAGCUGGCUUCACUGACGUGGGCUGCGUUUGCGCUCAUGGUCCUAUCCCUGGCAUAUUGGUUCGUGGAGUUCAUUGUCGAAAACAAGCAGGCCAAGGACGAGAUUGAGAAUUGA